AUGGCUCUUGCAGCAUUUGCUUCUGUGUUUAUGGGGAACUCAUUGGAGGGUGGCCUGCUUCUUGCAAUGUUCAGCUUAGCUUAUAUCGCCGAAGAAUACUUUACGAGGAAGUCAAUGGUUGUUGUGAGAGAACUGAAGGAAAACCAUCCAGAAUUUGCACUUUUAUUAGAAACGAGUGGAGAUAAGUCAACACGGUUUUCUAAUUUAAGUCAUACCAAGGUUCCUGUGCAGGACCUUACAGUGGGUUCUCAUAUUUUGGUCAGAGCUGGUGAGGCUGUGCCUAUUGAUGGAGAAGUUUACCAAGGUUCAUCGACAGUCACAAUCGAACACCUCACUGGUGAAACGAAGCCUCUUGAAAGGACGGUGGGGGAUGCUAUACCAGGUGGUGCUAGGAACCUGGAAGGAAUGAUGAUAGUACAGGUGACCAAAUCAUGGGAGGAUUCAACACUCAACAGAAUUGUGCAGUUGACUGAAGAGGGCAAGAUAAACAAGCCAAAGCUGCAAAGAUGGCUUGACGAAUUUGGAGAGCACUAUAGCAGAGCUGUUGUUGUACUGUCUUUAAUGGUUGCACUACUGGGACCAUUACUCUUUAAGUGGCCUUUUUUUGGUAACUCAGUUUGUAGGGGUUCAAUUUACCGUGGGUUGGGGCUUAUGGUGGCUGCAUCUCCAUGUGCAUUGGCGGCUGCUCCCUUAGCAUAUGCCACUGCUAUCAGUUCUCGUACAAGGAAGGGAAUUUUGUUGAAAGGCGGGCAUGUAUUAGAUGCUCUUUCGGCUUGUCAGUCUAUUGCAUUUGACAAGACAGGCACAUUAACAACCGGGAAGCUUAUGUGCAAAGCAAUUGAGCCCAUUCAUGGACAUUUGAAUGUGAGAAAUAGUCUUAACGUUUCUUCUUGCUGUACUCCGAGCUGUGAAAGUGAAGCUCUAGCAGUUGCCGCAGCCAUGGAGAAAGGAACAACCCAUCCUAUUGGGAGGGCAGUGUUACAUCACUCUGUUGGGAAGGACAAGGACCUCCCAAAAGUUCUUCUACAAAGCUUCGAGUCCUUACCUGGUAGAGGAGUUUUUGCUACUUUAAGCAUCACAAAGGUACAAGAGGCAAUAAAAAGUUCUGCAUAUGGUCCUGAAUUUGUCCAAGCUGCUCUAUUAAUGGAUAAAAAGAUGACCCUUUUCCACUUCGAGGAUGAACCCCGUCCUGGUGCCUGUGAAGUUAUAUCCACCUUACGAGAGAAAGCAAAACUUCGCAUCAUGAUGCUCACUGGAGAUCAUGAAUCAAGUGCUCUGAGAGUUGCUAAAGCUGUUUGUAUUGAUGAAGUGCACUGCUGUUUGAAGCCAGAGGACAAACUGAAUAAAGUAAAAGCAGUUUCAAGGCGAGGUGGGAGUUUAAUAAUGGUCGGCGAUGGUAUAAAUGACGCGUCAGCUCUUGCAGCUGCAACUGUUGGCGUCGUUCUAGCUCAACGUGCCAGUGCAACAGCAGUAGCUGCUGCAGAUGUUCUGUUGUUGCAGGAUAAUAUCUGCGGGGUGCCAUUUUGUAUUGCUAAAGCUCGUCAAACAACUUCACUGGUCAAGCAAAGUGUAGGGCUUGCCCUAACUUGUGUCCUUCUUGCUGCGCUUUCUUCUGUCUUGGGAUUUCUUCCUCUUUGGUUGACGGUACUUGUUCAUGAAGGAGGAACCCUUGUUGUCUGCUUGAACUCGAUACGAGCCCUCAAUGCGCCUACAUGGUCGUUGGCAGAUGAGAUCCAACAACUUGUUGAUGGCCUGAGGAAGUAUAUCUCGGCAAAGUUGAACAGCUCCUCAAAUUAUGCAGCUAAUACUGCCCCGUUGUAG